AUGGAUCAUUACAUCCAUAGGGCGUUUAUGUUGUUCGUUUGUGUAGGGUUACUGGCACUGCAACCAAAUGAAGUUUGUGGAUUGAGACGUUCUGACCUUGCUCUCAGACGGGAUAGAGGGGAUCGACUGGUGAUGGUGAAGAGCCAUCGCGUCCUCAAUGCAGUUCAUGUGAAUAACCUGAACACAGACAAGAAACCAGCACCAGUAAACAAGAAAUUUGAUUCAAACCAAUCAAGCAAAAGGAAAGUUCGAAGAGGAUCAGAUCCCAUCCAUAACAGAACUUGA